AUGGCCUCUCUAUUCUCUUCAGUUCUCUUGGCUCUAUCAUUACUCUCUUCACCAUUUCUCUCAAACGCAAACGCCCAUACAAAACUUGGCUUCAGCGCGGAUUUGAUCCACCGCGAUUCUCCUAAAUCGCCUUUUUAUAAUCCGACAGAAACCACUGCUCAGCGUUUAAGAAACGCUGUUCACCGAUCCGUAAACCGUGUUGUCCAUUUCAACGGCAAAGAUGCAUCAGUUAACUCACCUCAAACUGAGAUUACCUCAGAGAGAGGUGAAUAUCUCAUGAGUAUAUCGCUGGGGACUCCUCCGUUCCCUAUCAUGGCAAUCGCUGACACGGGAAGCGAUCUCCUAUGGACCCAGUGCAAGCCAUGCGAUGACUGUUACACUCAGGAUGCUCCUCUCUUUGACCCUAAAGCGUCUUCUACAUACAAAGAUGUUUCUUGCACCUCAAGACAAUGUGCUGCCCUUGAAAGCCAAGCCACUUGUUCGACAGAAGACAACACUUGCUCUUACACACUGUCUUACGGGGAUAAGUCUUACACAAAGGGUAAUGUUGCCGCCGACACCUUAACGCUUGGCUCGACUGAUAACCGCCCCGUUCAGCUCAAAAACAUCGUCAUUGGAUGUGGUCACAAUAACGCUGGAACAUUCGGCAAGAAGGGCUCCGGAAUCAUUGGACUUGGUGGCGGUUCGGUUUCGCUAAUAUCGCAACUCGGAGAUUCAAUCGAUGGCAAAUUCUCGUACUGCUUGGUCCCUAUGUCUUCAGAAAACGAUACAACGAGCAAGAUCAACUUCGGAACCAACGCGGUUGUGUCGGGAAAUGGAGCUGUCUCAACUCCACUGAUCACAAAAUCGGAAGCGACCUUCUAUUACCUAACCCUAGAAUCCGUUAGCGUGGGCAGCAAGAAUAUCAAAUACCCAUCAGUAUCAGAUUCUGAUGGAAGCAGCGGCAAGGGGAACAUCAUCAUCGACUCUGGCACAACUCUGACCAUGGUACCAACCGAAUUUUACUCCGAGCUCGAAGAUGCUGUUGCGUCCUCAAUCGAUGCUGAGAGAGUAAACGAUCCACAAAACGUGUUGAGUCUGUGUUACAGCACAACCGCUAAGCUGACAGUCCCUGUUAUUACUAUGCAUUUCGAUGGAGCAGAUGUGACGUUAGACUCCUCCAAUGCCUUCGUACAACUCUCUGAGGAUUUGGUUUGCUUCGCCUUCCGUGGGAAUGACGAGUUGGCCAUCUACGGGAAUCUAUCACAGAUGAACUUCCUUGUUGGUUACGACACCGUUUCUAAGACGGUCUCAUUUAAGCCUGCUGAUUGUGCAAAGAUGUAG